CUAAGGCCCAAGAAUAUUCCAGGGUGCCACCAGGAAAAACUGGUUCCCCAUUCGCUUAAUAUAUAACAUAACUCAAGAUUAUUGUGCAAGGUAGAAAUUCAGGUCCUGUGUACGGAAAGUCUUUUUACGUUGGUCGACACAGGCCACCUGGGGCGGGCGCUACAGGCUGCUGAAUUAGGAGAAACCCUGUUCAUCAUUCAGUGGAAGUUUGUCCCUCUUCGAUUUCCCUAGCCAUCGGAAAAGUUUUUUUUUUUGCGGAAAGGUGAAGACCAACCUGCAGAAUGAAAAUGAUCUGCUCUAAGAGAUGGCACAAGCAGAUGUUUGUUGGUCAGGCAUGAGCAUGGUGUCCCCGCGGACCAGCAGGGACACAUUCGAGAGGAAUGUGCCUUUAAUACGCCUGGAAGAUGAUGCUGACCUCAGGGAAAUAUAUGAAUUUGGAAGGAAACUGGGUCAAGGCAGCUUUGGAGUUGUUUAUGAGGCUACUCACAUUCAGACACAGACAAAAUGGGCUAUUAAGGAGGUUUGCAGACCAGCGGCAGGAAGUUGGAAAGUCAAGAUGCUGGGGCAUGAAAUAAACAUUCUCAAACAAGUGAAUCAUGCGCACAUAAUACAACUCCAGGAAGUGUACGACACGGCUAGGACGACUUAUUUGGUUACUGAGCUGUGUGUUGGAGGUGAACUGAAGCAGCUGCUGCAGCGGAAAAAGUUCUUUACAGAGGACGAGACAAGGCAUAUCAUCUGUAGCUUAGCUGACGCCGUUGUCUACCUUCACAAAAGAGACAUAGUGCACCGGGACUUGAAACUGGAGAACAUUCUUGUGAAAAAUUCUCCCAAUGAGGAUGAUAAUAGCAGGAUCAAUAUCAAGUUCACCUUUUCAAAGAGAGAAUCAACUGUACCUUUAAACAAAUUACCAGCUGAGACACAGCAUGUUGUGUGCAUUGACAACGAGCCAGCCGAAGCACAUACCAGAGCAACUGUGACAGACUUUGGAUUAUCGGUGCAGACAGGUGGUGUAGGGAUUGAGAACAUAAUGACGGAGGCCUGUGGGACUCUUAUCUAUAUGGCACCUGAAGUGAUGAGCGGUCAUGGUUACAGCGAGUGGUGUGAUGUGUGGAGCAUAGGAGUCGUUAUGUAUAUGUUGCUGUGUGGGGAGCCUCCAUUUGUGUCCAAAACAAAGGCAAACCUACUUCAGGAGAUUAUGAACAAAGAAGUCAAAUUUACUCAACCAAUCUGGGCCACAGUCAGUGAUGCAGCAAAAAAUCUAUUGACUUGCCUUCUGAAGGUGGACCCUGCAUACCGCAUGUCUGCUAAUCAGCUACGAGAAAACCCCUGGAUUACAGGUGACACUAAUUUGCCUGCUAUACCGCCCAAUGUGUUGGAGAUGAUGCGUCACCACCUGGAACAGGAAGAGAGGACACGGACUCCGGAGGAGUCCUCUUCUGAGGACACACUGCACCCAUUCACGGUCCCUAGGGCAACUUCAACAGAAACCGACAACAACUGUAGGAACUACACUAAGCUCAGCCCUGAGAGAGACAGCAGCGUCUGCACACCUGCCACGUCCACCAAGCCGACUAAAGAGAGUGGUGGCAGCCUCCAGCAGGACAAGUGCAAAAAUGGCUCUGAAACCCCAAGACUGCCUCAUCCGACCAACACACAGUCUCAUGCUGGUGUGAAACCCUCCACACAGCUGAGUGCAAAGCAGCGCAGGCCUCGGGACAAGAAGGACGUCAGUACUGGACAGAAAUCAGGCUCAGACCUCAGUAAGGUGGAUGACCAGAAACCUUCUACCUGCAGUAAAAGUAGGACUGGCCCCCGCAAACCACCAUCCGGCUCUAAGACUAAUAACACUUCAGAAUAAAAGUAAAAAAACAAGCCUUGUGACUUGGGAAAGAGUGAGAGGGAACACACAAAUAGUGGACAAAAGAGAGUGAGUACAUAAGAGAGAAAAACUUUAUUUGAUAUACAAUUUAUUUAAUGUGAUUCUGGUUAUUUUAUGUAAUUCUGUGAUUUAGCAGUGAUGUGAAUGAAACUACUGUGAUUAGUUCAAACUUUAUGGUGAUGACCAGAGACUAAGCAGUGGCAGCAGUGUCAAAUAAAUUGGCCUUAUGUGCAGGCGUGAAAAUAGUACAAGAAGUCCUACACCAGUAGCUGAGGGUCCAACCUCAGCAGUGCUUCGUGCCAAAGGGACCCGGAUGGGGGCAAAACUGCAGGACAAAUGCUUACUGUUACACAGCCAACUGUUUGAGAAUGUCAAGUGCUAUAAUAAUCUGGUCAGAUAAUCUUUUCAACAUCCAAAUAGACAGUAUGUCAGAAAUGUGUGAUUACAACUUGAUGUUAUCUUUAAAUCAGUAACAGAAGCCAGUGGAUAUUUAAAUAUAUAGGGUAUACAGUAUGUCUGUAUAAAUGUGUGUGUGUGUGUGUAUAUGUGUGUGUGUGUGUGUGUGUGUGUUUAUAUUUUUAAGACUUAAAAUGUGCCAAAUAUAAAACACAAAACUGUUGCACAAUGAUUCUGCAAAUUUUAUUUUCAAUAAAAUUGUUUUAUAAUUACAUGCUAAAGUCAUAACGAGUACAGGAUAUUUUACUGCAUAUCAUUCACAACACCAAAGUUAGCAAUAGGGAUUUUCUUUUUUCUGUCCUGACCUCUCAAUUCCAAAACGCCCUAUAUGCAGUGACUGCACCCACUCAGUGUCAAAACAGAAAGACUGUCACACAGGCUGGUUACGCUCCAUCUGAAUGCAGAGGAUUGGGACUGAGGGCAGCCACGGGUCUAAUCUCGUUUGGAGGCCAUUGAAAGCAGUAGGAGCUACUUUGAGGGCACUGCCAUUCAAGCACAGGUUUUUCCGCUGUACAGAGAAUAAUCCCCAGCAUAGAUACAACAUUAAAGUAGCCAAGCAUAACACACAGAGGCUGAAUUUCAAAUCCGCCCAUUUGCAUCUUGAAGUGAAUGAGUGCCAACAAUGGGGCUCCGUGUUCAUGCAUAGGCUUUGUGUUUUAGUGUGUAUGUGUAAAUGUAGUGUGCAUUUGUUGAAUCUGUAUUCAAAAGGUACUUCUGCAUUGCUGGGAAAAAGUAAUUGUCUUAAAAGUGUGGACACAGUAUGCUAAACUUGAUCAAAUUCUGUCCAGGUUGACAUACUGAUCUCAGGUGAUGUUUCUUAAGAUAUGCUAAACAGUUUUUUUGCUGUCUUUUGUUUGAUUUAUUUUUAAUAAAGCAGAACAGUUUAUGACAAUGAA